AUGUCUCUGAAUAAUUCUGAAAUAGUAGAUGAACAACUGUCUCUGAGUAGUUAAGCUGAUGUAGAUGAAAAAAUUAUUAUAAUGAAAGGCAUUAAAAUAUUUCCUGACAUAUCAGUGAUGAGAGUUCUAAUAUCUCCGAAAUGAAUAAUUUUUAGCUAUAAUUUUUGAAAGAGCAUAUAAUAACGUAGAAGAGUGCCAUUUUCUAUUUAGAAUUUAUGAUUUUAAAAUUACCGAUGAAAUAGCUUAAGGAUAAUGGGUAAGCCUUGGUGUUGAUAGAGUAUUUUAAAACAAGUUUGAUCGUUAUUCGACUUAUUUUUUUUAGGUUGUCUAGGAUUUGCUUACAAUAGUUGAUCUUAAGAACAAAACAUUAACAAACAAAAGUAUUGAGGGAAUUUCAAGAUACUUAGAUAUUGAUGAUAAUGGUUACAUAUAUUUACUACUAAGAGGAAGUAAUGUAUGUCAAUAUUCAAUAAAUGAUAAAGAAUUCAAAUAUAACUAUAUGCUUAAUGGCCUUCUAGACUUAAAUAUAUUGCCCAGCUUAUCAAACUAUGCUUUGACAAUAUAAGCAAUAGACGGAAGUUCAUGGUUAUUUGUAUACAAUAUUCAUAAACAAAAAUUAUCAAAAAGAAUAAGGUAAACUAAGAAAAGAGGAAAUGAAAUACAGAGUUUAGACAACCACCUUUUUGUUGAAAUCAUUAACCGAAUAGAAGAUGAUGAGUAUGGUGAGGUAAGUGAGAAUAUUGAAGGGAUAACGUUGAGAGAAAUGAGAACUGGCAAGAUAAUUAGAAAUUCUGUUAAUUAUAAAGAGUUCCAAAGGCAAUAACACUUCAUAGAUAAAACACAAGUAACCAUAAUUGAUUAAUAUAAAUUUGAUUUAUUGAGAGGUCGACAAAAAGUAGCACCAUAAAUUCAGGAUUGUAUUACAUUUUCAAAGAAUGGUUUCAUAUAUAUGAAGAAAAAUACAUUGAGAUUUUCUAGAUUUAAUUGA